AACAAUGUGAUUCAAAUUUAUACACUCAUUGUUCUAUAAAAGUAUUCUUCAUUGUACCUUAAAAGAGGGGUCACAUUAUUUUCAAGUAAAGAAAGGGUUCAACACUCUUGCACAACCACCCUUAUAAUAAGGACAGAUCAAUAAGCAAGUUGAAUUGUGUGACUUUUGUGGCUCAAGAAGUAAUGAAUACAUAAACGCAAAAAAACUCAUUUUCAUUGAAGAAGAAAAUUUGGUUCAAUGGAGGAAUACAAUGACGUUUUGUUAGAAGCUCAAUUAACUGAUCUUGUAGAUGGUGCUGUUGAUUAUAGAGGGCAACCUGCAAUCAGAUCCAAAUCUGGUUAUUGGCGAUCCGCUUGGUUUAUCAUAGGUGUGGAAGUGGCAGAGAGGGUAUCAUAUUAUGGAAUUCAAGGGAAUUUGAUAUCAUAUCUAACAGGACCACUCAAACAAAGCACUGCAAAAGCUGCUGAAAAUGUGAAUGUUUGGGUUGGAACUGCUUCUCUACUUCCUCUCUUUGGUGCUUUCAUUGCUGAUUCUUUUCUUGGACGCUACCGCACAAUCAUACUUGCUUCUCUCAUCUAUAUUAUGGGACUAGGCUUGUUAACGUUGUCGGCUAUGCUGCCUUCCAUCACAUUUUGUUCUCCUCAGUCACAAGUUAUCUUAUUCUUCAUCUCACUCUAUCUAAUUGCCAUUGGACAAGGUGGACAUAAACCUUGUGUUCAAGCUUUCGGGGCGGAUCAAUUUGACGAAAAACAUCCUAAGGAACAUAGAGCUAGAAGCUCAUUCUUUAAUUGGUGGUAUUUUACAAUGGUUGCAGGUGCCUCGGCAACACUUUUAAUCUUGAGUUAUAUACAAGAUAACUAUAGUUGGGUUGUUGGAUUUGGAAUACCUUGUGUUGUUAUGAUCAUUGCUUUGAUUGUUUUCUUGAUUGGAACUAUCACAUAUAGGUUUAACAUCAAUGAUAAUAACAAGAGUCCCUUUCUUAGAAUUGGUCGUGUAUUCGUCGUGGCUGCAAGAAAUUGGAAAAAUACCUUAUCAACAACGGAUAUUGAAGAGGAACAUGAUGGACUACUUCGCCGCCAUCAAAGUUCUGAACAAGUCAACUUCCUCAAUAAGGCAUUGCUAACACCAAAGGGAUCCAAAGAUGCUGAUCAUUGUAGCCUUGGUGAGGUGGAAGAAGCAAAGGCAGUACUAAGUUUGAUUCCAAUUUGGGCUACAUCUUUAGUUUAUGGUAUUAUCUUUGCUCAAAUAUUUACAUUCUUCACCAAACAAGGGAGUUCUUUGGAGAGAACAAUAUUUCCUGGUUUCAACAUACCUCCCGCUUCUCUUGGAUCAAUAGGUGGUGUUGCUAUUGUUCUCUUCACUCCUAUCUACGACCGUUUAUUCGUGCCACUAGCAAGAGUUAUAACUGGAAAGUCCUCAGGUAUUACAAUGCUUCAAAGAAUUGGCACUGGAAUUUUUCUAUCUAUAUUCACAGUAGUACUUGCAGCCUUUGUUGAGAUGAAAAGACUAAAGAUAGCACAAGAGCAUGGUCUUGUUGAUGAUCCAAACGCAAUUGUUCCAAUGAGUAUAUGGUGGUUGGUUCCUCAAUACUUUUUGUUUGGAGUUUCAGAGGUUUUUACUAUGGUUGGUCUUCAGGAAUUUUUCUAUGAUCAAGUCCCAAAUGAACUAAGAAGCAUGGGACUUGCACUCUAUUUGAGUAUUAUUGGUGUUGGAAGCUUUCUAAGUGGCUUUCUAAUUUCUUUGAUAGAACAUUUUAGUGGCAAAGAUGGACAUGAUAGUUGGUUUUGUGACAAUAUCAAUAAGACACAUCUUGAUUACUUUUAUUGGCUACUUUCUGGAUUAAGUGUCAUUGGGUUUACUUUGUUCAUUUACUUUGCAAAAUCUUACAUUUAUAAUCAUAAAGGUGUCAUCACACAAGGAUAGGCACCGAUUAUUUUUUGUUUUAUGUCAUAUAUGUAUUGAAGGGAGCUUUGGUAAUGCAUGAUAAGAGAUUAAGGUCUAAUUAAUUUUUGUGA